AUGUCUGUUCGAUCGGAUAGAGUUGAUUCAGGAGCUUUUUGUGAAUCAUGCUUAAGAUGUGGACAACGAUUACCCCUUAGUCAAUGGUGUCAACAUUGUGAAAAAAAACAAUUUCAAAGUAAUUUCAAUACUUGGUAUAGUGGAAGUGAUAAAUUGGAUAAAUUAAUUAAAAGUUCACAAAAUAAAUCUAAUUCUUCGAUUGAUUACAUUGAAUGGAUUCCUUUUAAUAAAUUGAAUGAUAUUAAAUUUAUUUCUUCGGGUCAAUACGGAAGUGUUUCUUCCGCAAUAUGGAUGGAUGGACCUCGAUGGAAUUGGAAUGAAGAAACAAGUUCAUGGGAAAGAACUGGUCCAACGGUUGUAGCUCUUAAGACAAUCAAUAAUUCCAAACAUUUAUCUGCAACAUUCUUUAAUGAGCUCAAAGGAUUUUAUAAUAAUUCAAUCGAAAGUAACAGAAUCGUCCAUUGUUAUGGAAGUAAUAAUAGUAAAGGAGAUUAUGCAGCUAUUGGUGAUAUAGGAUUAAAUCAACAACUUGAAGAAGCGGAAAGAAUAAGAUUAGAAUUAAUUAAAGAACAUGUUACUCUACCACAAAGUGCUCAUUUCACUAGUCGAGAAAUUAAAAUUAUACAUGUAUCACCAACGAAAUUAAAUCUUGAAAUUUACAAUAUCAAACCAAAAUCAUAUAAAAAAAUUAAAUUUGGAUUGAAAAAACCCGAACAAAGUUUAGGAAUGAACAAAGAGAAAAUUCAUAUCCAAGGAGAUCCCACUGAUACCAAAGAUUCACUUAUAACAUUACCCGAAACAUUUAAUAACACGGUUCUAAAUUUGGAAUUAACAGAAGAAAAAGGAUUAACAGAACCUACCACAAAGAAAAAUUCAUCCAACAAUCCUGAUAUUUCGCAUUUUUUUGGAGAUACGGAAGUUGGGAAUUCUAAUAAUGCAAGAAAUAGAAAUAACCUGAAUGACGAUGACUUUGUCAUGAAUGAUGAUUUAGAAGAUUACUUAAAUCUUUUACCACCGUUAAGUAGAGAUCAAACUGGUGGAAGAUUUGGAUUUUUUCUUGGAGCCGAUAAUGAUAUGCCAUUUAAUAAUCUAAUAGAUGGUUUGUUGGGUCCACCUCCCGCAAGUAAAAAAUUUAUUCAAAAUUUAUCUUCAAUUCCAAAAUCGGAAAUUAAUAUUGAUGAAGCGUGUCCAAUUUGUUCGGAAAAAUUUGUAACAACAAAUGGAGAAUCGAAGGAUAUGAAAUCGAUCGUGAUACGUAUGCCAUGUAAACAUUUAUUUGAUAAAGAAUGUAUUUUAUCAUGGUUAAAACUUGUAACACAAUACGUGUCCGAUUUGUCGUGA